AUGGCUAUUGAGUUAUUAUCUGAAUUUUACCCUUUUAUGGCUGAACAUCUCAAACAGUAUGGAAAUCCUGGCAGAGGUUUUACAUCUUAUUUAUCUUGUAAUAUAUAUGAAGAGAUAAUAAAAAUUAUGGCUGAAAAAGUUUUGUCAACAAUUAUUCAAGAAAUAAAUGAUGCUCAUUAUUUUUCAAUUAGUGUUGAUUCAACUCCUGACAUAUCACACAUUGAUCAAUUAUCAUUAUGUAUUCGUUAUGUUAAUAGUGAUGGAAGUCCUGUUGAGCGUUUUAUUUGUUUUCUAGAUUAUAUUGGACAUAAAGCUGAAAAUAUAGCAGAUGCUAUAUUUACAAUAUUGAAAUCUUAUAAACUGAAUAUUGCAAACCUUAGAGGUCAAUCAUAUGAUAAUGCCAGUAAUAUGGCAGGUGCAUAUUCUGGACUGCAAACAAGAAUAAAAGCAGUAAAUCCCAUGGCAAAAUUUGUUCCAUGUGCAGCACACUCUUUAAACUUGGUCGGUACCAGGUGGUCAGCUAGAGAAGAUGCUUGUAAAUCUUUAAAUGAAAAUUGGAGUUCAAUUAUGAAUGCCUUAAAUAUAAUUGAAUGCGAUGCAAAUGAAAAGCCUAAUACUCGGUUUGAGACUAAAUGCAUAAAAAAAAAACUAGACACUUUAGAAAUAGGAUUUUUAUCAAUAUUUUGGGUACCUGAAAUAUUUAAAAAUGCUACGAAACCUCAAAAAGAAUUUGAAAUUGAUUUAGAACCUUUAUUUGUGAAUAAAUGUUUACAUUUGAGAGGACAUUUAAAAAGUCUUUCUGAUGGUAUUACGAAAACGAUUCAAGAGAUUUGUAUGUUUAUCAGACAGAAAAACUUACAAAGCAUUUAUCCUUAUAUUGAUAUAGCUUUGAGAAUGUUGCUAUGUACUCCCAUAAGCAAUUGUUCAACGGAGAGAUCUUUUUCAACUUUAAAAAGAAUUAAAUCGUAUCUAAGAUCUAGUACGUCUGAGGAUCGACUUAAUAAUUUAGCUUUAUUGUCAAUUGAAGCUGCUAAUCUUGCUAAUAUAUUGAAAUUUUUCAGUAAUGACGAUUUUGUAGCAUUAAUAUUGUGUCGGUAUUCGGCUAACGCUUGGCACAAGUCCGGCGAGCCAGGGCAAACUAGUACUGGAGGUUUAGUAGCGUCAGUUCUCCGCCGGAAUUCGAUCAACUAUGACGUUACAGCGGCAGCCAAUACUUACAGUCAGUACUGUCUCAGUACAUAA